AUGGAAAUACCAGAAGGUGUUUGUAAAGAAUUAAAUCAAGAACUUUCUGUUCUUUCUGAAGAACAAUUAAAAACGCAAUGCGAAAAUAUUGUCCAAGAGAUUUGUAAUGGAGAUGAAAUGGGUGUCAGAAGUGACAAGUUGUAUGACUGUGUUUGCCUUGUCUUUUUGGAAGGAGCAAAAAAUGAUAUUGGAAAGGAGCAAUAUAUAGAAGUAUUAGAAGCAAAUGAAAUUGGGAACAAACAGAAAAGAAGUGUUUUAGCAGAGGUAUAUGAUUUGCAUAAAGAGAUGGUUAGGAAUAUCUUAAAAGAAACAACAACAACAUUGACAAAGAUUAUAGGAGUGAGCUGGAAAUUAGAUUUUUUUGUUCGUCCUGAGCACAAAGAAAUUAGUCCUGUUUUUCUUGUCACACUUAAAACAAAAGUAAAAGAUAAUGAAGGGAAAGUUGAUUUUGUUUGCACACAUGAAGAAAUGGAAGAUUUAAUUACAAAGUUAAAAGAUGCACAACAACAAAUUGAACGAUCAGCAAGUCAUGUUAACAAGAAUGU